AAAUUCUAUAAGAUGCUGAGAAUGGUCUGAAAUUUGCUGUUAAAACAAGCGCUGAAAUUUGGAGAAGAUUUGGGGUGUGUCGCAAUCUGCGAGUUGGAAGAUGUAGCAGAAAACAACCUAGUCCCACGCUCUUUCUAUCGACAUUUUCCACUCGACAAGGCUUUUAAUAUAAUGAUAAUCACAACAUACGAAAAAUAUAUUAUAUAUUUUAAAGUUUGCUCUAUAUGUUGUGUCUAAAAUAUAUACAGAAGUCGACAAAUUGACGGAGGCUCUAAGUUCAAGUGUUGAAGACCAUAACUAUAGAAGUCUCUUGCAAUCAGUUUAUAUAUUUCCUACAAAGUUUACUGGCCUGUUUGUUGUCGGUUCCUUUUCUUAGUUUCAAAGAUACAAGAUGAAUUCAAAUGCAGUAGAUCCUCUGCAGUUGCUGAAAGCUUUAUCACCAUUACUGAGUGAUGAUGGUCGUAUCAAGAGUUCACAAGAAGUAGUUAGACUAGUCAGUUUAAUGCGUGAUGCCAAGAAACUCGUGAGUAGGUGUACCUAUUGUAACAUUCUUAAAGUGACCACCGAUAAAAGUGCUUUGGAUAAGUUCGUGGAAGUUGGGGGCUGGAACGUCCUUAAUACGUGGCUGGUAGACGCCAAAGAUGAAAAUAAUUUGGCAAUGUUGACAGAGGUUAUGAAAAUUCUGAAGCAACUGCCUAUGACGAUAGACAUUCUUAAACAGAAUAACACAGCCAAAGUUGUGAAACAGAUAAGCAAAGGUGACUAUAAUGAACAAACUAAACAAUUGGCUAGUAAUUUAGUUACAGAGUGGAUGAGUCUAAUAAAGACAAGCAGUACAACAGACAAACCAGAGAAAAAGAAGAAAAAGAAAACAAAUGGUCCCAAAGAAGGUGAAGAAAAAAAAAAACGUUCUGCCAAGAUGUCUGUGCCAGCACAUGCCAAGUUCAGGUCUACAGGUCUUGAAAAGGAAACCAAGCUGCCACCAGUCAAGUUGAAGAAAAAAACUAGUACUGGGAAUUCUGACAAACCAUCAGUUCCAAAAUAUUUAAAAAGAACAGGCACUGAACUCAAUAAAUCGGUACAGCCUCCUGAGAAAAAAACAAAACCAACGCCAGUGACGACGUCUACAACUACCACAUCUACACCUACAUUUACAUCAUCCAACAGCACGGCUACCACUACAUCAACAUCCACAGCUCAGAAAAAAGCUAAACUUAUACCAGCAAGACCUAAACCUAUACACAUUAUUCACGAAAGUGGUGGUUUCAUGGAUGCGCUCAAUGCACCAGCUGCACCAAUCAGGAAAAAAACAAACAAGGUGAAACCAGGAAAUAAAGCAGCCACGCCCACAUCACCAAAUGCCCCCAAGGUCAUAGGUCAUCCCUUGUCAGGUGCUGUUAAAAAUUCCUACACUGAGGACAAUGCUGCUGAGGAGCAGAGACCAGGGACACCAACACCUGAUGAUGAGGUCAAAGAUGAACCCCCAAAAAUCAGUUUUUAUGGUGCAAGUCAAAAUGAAGAUACAUCCACUAAUGAGAAAAUGACAGAUGCUAAUCAGACAGAAGGAAUAUUAAGUAUGAAGUCUAAAAAAAAGAAAUCAGUGUCUUGGGUAGAUGAUUUGAAAGUCAGAGACCUUGUACAAGUUUGUUAUUUUGAGUUGGAUGAAACUGAAAGAGUCAAUGUAAAUUCUGUAAGGGACUUUCGUGAUGCUGCUCACAUGGAGAUGAUUCGAGAGAAAGAAACUAUGGAAUCUGCCAAAAGGGGAAUGCAGUCACGUGCUGCAGCAGAAAAAGUACAAACAGAUUUCAUGCCUUGGAAGAUUUUUGUGAUAGACCUAAUAACAUCCUUAGCCAGACCAGGAAGCUGCAGCACAGAGAAAGAUGCCCAGAGGGAGCGUGAAAAAAAUGUACUACAGUCUCUGUUCUUCGAUAAAGCCAGUCUUCCAGAUAGUCCACAUGAACCAGAUCCUGAACAAAUUGAUCCGACUGAAGCCAAUCCAAAAGAAGUCAAAAUUAUACCACUGGAAGAUGAGUCUAACAUGGAUAGUAGUACGCCGCUGUCUUACACUCAUGAAAUGUCCAAAGAUUCGCCACCAAAGGUCAAUGAGUCACCAACACUACAUCACCCAGAUCCACAGCAGCUAUCACCACAUCCUGGAAUUCAACAGAACUCAGGCAGUCUUCCACCGGCACUAGCUACUUUAAUGAAACAGGCAAAAGGUCCAGGUAAUACGCCACCACCUGCAUCCACAGUUGCAGCAUCAAAUCAACCGACAUCCCCAACUACAACGGUGAAAAAUGUGCAAAAUUUACUCUCUUCUAUUAUGGGUAAUCCUACCAAUGGACAACAGGGGUAUGCAUCUCAACAAACUGGUGAAGAUGUUGAUAUGACCAAAAAAUUAAAACAAAUACUGGAGCCUUUCAAAAAUCAGCUUCCUUCAUCAAACAUGGGAGACCAACAGCAGAUAAAUGUACAGCAGCAGCAGCAACAACAACACCAGCAGCAGCAGCAGCAACAACAACUUCCUCCUGGUAUGCCACCCCCAGGAAUGAUGGAAGGUAUGGACCCAAUGCAAUUUCCUCCUCCUGGUCCACCUAUGCCAAUGCCUGGUGCACCAAUGAUGGGUCCAGGUGGACCAAUGCCAAUGCCACCUAGUGGACAUAUGAUGCCUCCCGGUGGGCCGAUGCCGAUGCCACCACGUGAAGGACUGUUACCUCCACCACAACCUGGCAUGCCAAUGCCAUUUCCACCUCCAGGAAUGGAUGGACCCAUGCCACCAAUGGGACCAGGUUUUCAUGAUCAAGGGCCUUAUCAGGGUGGUCCACCUCCAGGCCCGAUGCGACGUGGAAGUCCAAGAAGCAGAGGUCCUCCAAGAGGUAGAGGAUCAAUGCGAGGGAGAGGGGGACGAGGAAGAUAUGACGAUUAUGGCACAUCAAGAGGUCGCGGUCCAAUGAGGGGAAGAGGAAGAGGAAGGGGUAGAGGGUCAGAUGAAGUCUGUUAUCAUUUCAUGUCCGACAGAGGAUGUCGCUAUGGCAACAGCUGCAUGUACUAUCAUCCGCAGAAAAAUGGACCUUCACAGGCACAAGAAUAAAAAACAAUUGCAAUGCUUCCAUUGGUAAUGUGGAGAAACCUGAAAGGUCUCUCUCCACGCUGGUAGCACACUCUACUAACAUUAGUGGAACACCCUGCAACGGGAUCUCAAGAUUAAGACUGCCAUGAAUGGGUGAUAUACUGAAAAGAUCACCAUAGAAACUAUUUUUUACCCUCUUUUUCUAAUGUUUUCACCUCAAAAGACUGUAAUUAUUGAUAAUUAAAUUAUUUUGAUAUCAAGCGAGGUGGAUGUACAAUCAAAAGAAGUUGCAACUUUUUGCAAUUAUUUAUUUGGGAUCUUCUGUUUUUCUACUGUACAUAAAGAGUCAAUAUAUUUGUAAUAAAACUGAGGAACAAAA